AUGCCUAAAGAAAACGACGAUAUCCGGGACAAGGAGUUCGAUGCCGUCCACGCAUACUUCAUCGGCCCCAAGGGCUCCAACCUUCCAGACUUCCGAGCCAAUAUCAACACCAUUCUCGAUGAACUCCUCGCCGCUCGUCAAGCCUACCACCCAGAAGACCAAGCCUUCAUCUCCAAAGAAUACCGCCGUUCCCCCGUCUUCCUCAAAGCCAGAUCCGACCUCCGUCUCGCCACCGAAAAGGUCGCACAGCUUCUUGGCGAACAUUCAGCUCCCUUCUGGUCCCCCCGCUAUGAAGCGCACAUGUGCACUGACCUUACCAUGUCGUCGCUCCUCGGGUAUUUCAUGACCAUGCUGUAUAACCCCAAUAAUGUCGCGCUAGAGGCUAGUCCGAUGACGACGCUUGUUGAGCUUCGGGUUGGGCAACAGUUGUCGCGAAACCUCAAGUUUUACCCGCUCAGUCUCUGUCUUGCAUUGCGACGUGGAAAGCUUCAGUUCAUCGGUGACAGGUUCUACGCCACUCGGUGUUUCCACGCAACCAAGAAGACACUCUUCAAGGAUCUCAAAGGAUGGGAUCUGCUGAACCUCAGCUCCGAGGUCAUUCUUGAUCUCCCCAAUGAGCUGAACAAGCAAUUCGGUAUCACCAGCAAGUUCCUUGAGAGCGCUCUCAAUGAGUUCAACAUCCAGACCAUUGGGCGCGAGGUACUUGAGAAGGAAUUCAAGGUCAAGAACCCGAUCAAGUAUUUUGUUAGCAAGACGCGUCACUAUUCUUGGCCCAAGGGAGUCGCAAUCGCCGGCCUGGGCUCAGGCAACGUGAUCGGCGUCGAUGUCAACAACGCUGCCCAGAUUGACAUCAAGGUCCUUGAAAAACAUCUCCAAGACUGCGUCGAGACCGAAACAGCCGUCUUUGCAGUCGUAGCCAUCAUCGGAUCUACCGAAGAGGGUGCAGUCGACAGACUCACCGAGAUCAUCCGCCUUCGUGAUAAGUUCCAAGAGGAGCAUGGUCUCUCAUUCCUCGUCCAUGCCGAUGCAGCUUGGGGAGGCUACUUUGCAACCAUGAUCAACCCUGACCGGCGAUACAGCGUUGAGGAUCAGGCUUCCACUAAGCCUGAGCCUGAGUGGUACCUCGAUCCCAAGACUGUUGAGGACAUCAAGGCCAUGGCUGAGGCGGACUCGAUUACUGUCGAUCCGCAUAAGGCUGGGUAUAUCCCGUACCCGGCUGGAAGCUUGGUCUACAAAGACGGACGGAUGAGGCAUCUGGUUACAUGGUCCGGCCCGUAUCUUUCACAAGGCUCUGCUGAGAACAUCGGCGUCUAUGGCGUUGAGGGCAGUAAGCCCGGUGCUUCAGCGAUGUCAGCUUGGUUCUCCAACUCAACCAUCGGCCUCAAUCAUAAUGGCUAUGGCAAGUUACUCGGUGAAGCAACCUUUACCAGCGCCAGACUCUCGGCUCACUACGCAACCAUGAUCAACGACGACUUCAUCUGCGUUCCGUUCAACAUGCUCGCGGCCGAGAACAACGGCAGUCGAGGAUUCCUCUCCAAACCCGUCGAAAAGCAACGCGACAAGAUCCGCGAUCUCAUCAUCGGAAAGAAGGACCACGAGAUCUUCGCCUCCAAGGAUGCCAUGAAGAUCAUCCGCGAUCUCGGCUCGGACACCAACAUCAACUGCUUCGCACUCAAUUGGAAGGACAAAGACGGCAAUCUGAACACCGAUCUUGAAGAAGCAAACUAUCUCAUGAAGCGAGUCGUCGAUAGACUUUCCAUCACUUCCGCCAACACUGAUCCUACCGAAAUCCCAAUCUUCCUCACAUCAACCCAGUUUCUCCACGAGGACUAUGGUUCUUGCGCUCAUAAGUUCAUGGAGAGAAUGGGCGUCGGGAAGUCAAACCAGAGCCUUUUUGUUAUUCGAAACGUGGUCAUGAGUCCAUUCCCUACUCAUCAGAACUUCAUUGACAAGUUGAUGCGAGAGUUUGAGGAAGUCAUCCGCGAUGAGGUUGGCAAAGUUCGGAAGAGAAAUGAUCCUGGUCAGAAGAAGGUUCAGUUUCUUGUGCAGGGAACACCUGGCUCUUCUGAGGUCUUCUUGUCGUUCCAGGCCUCGUUUCAUAGUGCAACGAAACGGCAGCAGAUUAUCCUGUCUGGAACUCUUGAUAGUACUUUGCGGGACUUUCAUAAGGAGCUUACUGGUGGCAACCAGGAUAGUAUUGUUAUGCUUGAGUCAACUGAGAAGGUCUUCAUUGAGGAUGUCGUCGAGGUACUCGGUGACUUGGAUGUUAUCAUGUACGAGAAGGGAACCAAGAAAUACCACCAGAGAGACGGAAUCAUCACUCUCAACUCAGUAGUCAAGAGUCGCCCUCUGAACUCCAUCCACCGCGAAAUCGACUACCCCACUGACUUCAUGCCCUUUUACCUCUACGGCAACGAGAAAGAAAUCCACUGCUCACACAUGCUCGUCAAGUCCCCCAACAUCUCCCUCGCAGCCAACCACGUCACUUUCAAACCCAGCCUCACCGCCGAGAUUAACCACCGCCAAUCUGUCGCCGAGCUUCUUGCGGAGGGUAUGAUCCUCGGUCUCUCCGAAAUCCCCGAAGAUUCCAUGCAACCUUUCCCUGAGAGGAACCAAGAUCUACCUGAGGAGUUCUUCUUCCGUCAGGGUCAAAAGUUCAAGGUCAAGAUUUGGAAGGAUCCGAAGGAUGCUGCUGCUCGUGGACCAGGUUUGCUUAAGGACCUUGGAAGGCAUUUGUAUGAGGGUGUGAUGACGCUGGGAGAGAAUGUGUUUGUGGAUGCUGAGGGGCCGAAUGAGGAUAAGUUGAAAGACAGAAAAGUUGAGUCUGAUUCGUGGCAGAGAAAGUUGGAUGAGGUUGGGAGAUUGUUGGAUGGUACUCAUGUCAACUGUCAAUAG